GAUGAAAUCAGCUGACAACAUGGCCGCUGGCGAAGGAGGGAAAUCAAUUCUUGUUUCUGCGGCCCUGGCCUUGGCCAUACGUAUCAAAGGACAAUUACAAGUCUGCAUGAGUAAGACACCUACCGGACAUUUCUGUUUAACAUCAGGAGCACGCUACUCUUGGCCGGAAUUCGGGAAUCGAUUGGCACACGCGCUGCAUCUUGUGUGACGUCAAUUGUCAGAGAAAGUAUUUUUAGAUUUUAUUUUUUACUUUUGGGAGUCUCUGCAACAGGGCCGUUGCCACAAUGAACGCGUUUUGGUUAAUUUAUAAUACUCCCAGGUUAAUGGCCUCGCACUAAUUUUCAUCCGCCACGCGUAGUAAUUUUAUUUUGUUUGCUUGUAACAUGUUCAAUCUUUUAUUUCCCCAUCUCUUCCAACUCCUGUAUCAGAUUGUUGACAUACGCGUAACAAUACUAUUGUCAGGGUGGCUUUGGCGUCUGAUCAAUGAAGUCAUGAGUCUGCCUCGAGAAAAAGAGGAAAAAAAAAACGCGCGUUCUGCGCGCGCGCUACGUUUUUUUUCCUUUCGGGCCGAUCAAUGAACGGACGAGCAACAUGUUGAGCCGGGGACGGUGUGUUUUUCAGAAAUUUAUCCCGAUCUUGUGGUGAGCACACACGUAAACAGUGUGGAGGGGAAGAUUGUCAAUCAAUCACACAAUCAUGGAUUGAAGGAUUGCGGUUCAAGUGGAUUUUAUUUUCCUAAAGGGGACAGGAACGGAUUUAACGACAAAGAUGAGUCUUAUUACAGUUGUGCUUUCGAGUCACGGAAUAAAUUUAACCGCCCUAUGCUAAUGAGCUCCAGACAUAGUGCAUGAUUGUGUAUCGAUCGGUUGAACGUAUUCUUGGGGGGCCAUUCCUUCUGGGCGCCGCUGCGUGGAUGGAGUUGUUGGCUGACCAUGGAGGAAGGGUCUGUGGAUUCGGUGCAUAAUUGUGCUGGUCAAUUUAGAGUGAGCACGUUCUUUUUUGGACCCAAGAUGAGCAGACGUGAAAUCGUGAGUGCUUGUGGAUAACAUAGCUGACUCACGCGCCGCAUUGGAUAUUCAACAUGGCUUCCCAGGGAGAAGGAAAGAAACGCCGAUCAUUCCUGCCGUCUUUUCGGAAAGUCCCCACUGCGUCAGUUCAGCAGUCGCCCCAAAUUGAGGCGCCCUUGCAGCCGCCUUUUGGGGGUUACAGCUCACAUGUGUACAGCUCGCCUUCGUCCCACGCGCCCGCUGUGUCAUUGCUGACCAGUUCACCUGUUAUACAACUGCCUCCACAAGCGCCGCCUUCGUCCGUGUCCACGUCUGCAUACAGUUCAUCUGUCAAGGAAAACACGGUGUCCAGAAAAGAGAAAGAAGUUGAAAGCCCGGCUUUCGGUGUAGGCUUGCGAGUGGGGGCCAGGAUUAAAAUAGGAGGAGUCAAGCCCGGGAUAUUACGUUAUCUAGGGACCACCCACCUAGCUCCUGGCAUCUUCUGCGGGAUAGAACUCUUUGACCCAGAUGGCAACCACGACGGCGAGGUGAACGGCCAUCGCUACUUCAACUGCCGGCCAAACCAUGGGAUAUUUGCCCCCAAGGAAAAAGUCUGCCUGGACACGUCCAGCUCCUUGAGCAGACUCGCCUCCAGCUCCGAGGGCAGCUACAGCAGCACAGAGAGCCUCAAUGAAAGGACCAACAAGGCUUUCAAGUGUUUCGAAGAAGGAGAACUCGAGGCCAUAGACUGCACCAAGCCUAGCCCCACAACCAGCCCACAAGAUUCGGAUAUCACUUUUCACAGUGACCAGUCGAAAUAUUUCAGAAGUUCUCACUUCAGCACAAAAAAUAAAGCCCUUUACGGAUUAGCAGAUCAAAACAUUUUGUCGGAUGUUCUAGACUACACUGAGAUUCCACAGAAAAAGUCAAAGUCUAGUCUUCCAGUAGCAAAGUCUGGCAUUCCCAGCGUCUUCUCCAGUCACUCCAAGCUACCGACAUUUGCACGCACUUCCUAUAAUAAAUAUGAAGAGCCAGCAAGUGUCUUCAAAAGAACUUCCGGUGUUCCCGGCCAGCAUCAAAAUGCGUUAACCACAUCCGCCAAUUAUCAAGCUUCCGUUUAUUCUGACCAAGAAAAUGAAAGGUGUAAAACGGCUAGCGCCAGAUCCUCUGAAGAUUCUGAGGAUGAUGGUCUGCAGCGAGAGACUUUGAGCAGAGGCAUCAAGAAGCAGCUGCGGGCGGACAGCAGGCAGUAUUUAAACUUCACCUUUGACCCAGAGGAAGAAAUGUCUCAGAUCGUGCAACCAGAAGACAGCGAAGAAGGCGAAAACGUUCCAUCCGACUCUUGGUACAGGGAGCACCGCGAGUCUUUCGACAAAUAUGAAAAUUCCGCCCCUGAAGUUACUUCACAAGAAUACUCAGCACCGAAUUCGCAGACCGAUCCAGGGAGUGCUCAUUUUCAUUACCAAGAUGCUAUGAUGCUAGAUCAAAAGACUAGCAUCACCUACGAGGCCACACAAUCGAAUGGCUUUACUCAGGGCAUAUCAGAGUCGAAUUCUUCACAGGGAUCUUCGGUUCCUGACAGCGAUAUCGUGGCAGUUGAUAUGCUGACAGAGGCGAAUGACUCGAGGGGGUACCAGCAUUAUGACGAGGACGGCGUCUCCACAGGUGGGUAUGCUAGUACACUUAGCGGUGGUGGUUGUAGUGAUGACUUGUCCCGACCCUUAGACAGCUUGACCUCCCAGAGUGGCAGAAUGACCCAGGCACGAGGUACUUUGUUAGAGUCACAGGUCCAGGCGCAAGAGGCAGACAACAAGAGGGGCUACUCCAAGGUUGAGAAGAGCCAUGUCCACUCCUUCCAGAGCCAGUCUGACUCCGCUACUUCGUCCCCGUCUAAGAAGUACAGAAAGAUCUCUACGGACAGUUUUAAUUACGAAGGCGGCGACUCAUCCUCGAGUGGAACCGAACCCAAGACAGACUCUUCAGGUGAGGCCAGGGGCGAAAACCUCGAGGACAGCUCCACCGGGGCAUCGCCGGAAGUUUCCCAAGCUCUUGAGUGGGAUUAUGGUCAAGAGUUUGAAGGUAAGAUCCCAAUAGGUCAACAGGACAGCACCAUGACAACAUCGGCGAGCACCGGCACUUCUGAGUCCCUAAGCGAUGCUUCAAGAGAUGUUUCUGAGCACAGCGAUGGAGCCAUAGAACCGGAGAUGCCUUCAAGCGUCAUAGACGACUCAGAGCUUUUUGAGACUCCGGACAAUGAUUUUGAAAACAUAGACAGCCUGGACGACUUCCCGAUAUUCGGCAAAGAUUCCAAGAGCAUGCUGACGGAUUCGGGAAUAUCCGAUAAAAGCUUCGACAUGUGCGCCAGCAAAUCUUCCACGGUCUGUGGCAGUUCUUCGGACGACUGUUCCCGUGAAGACGACACCUCUUCCCACACCACCACCAGGGCCGUCAGCUCAGACUCUUCCCAGGAAACGCUUGCCGCCGAAUACGCUGCGGAUACGCCCGUGUCCGUAGAGGAUAAGGACUUCCUCGCAGACGAGGUGUGCCCGACUUCCCAGACGGCGGACUGCUUUGGAGACAUGCACAGAGAGGGAGAUAACUCUUUCGGGGACGGCAACUCCAACUCUCCGGCAUCGGUGAUGUCCCUUGAAGAUGUCACCAUCUUACAGGACAGUACCGUCCUGGAGGAAGACGAGACGAAGCCACGUGACUCAGAGGCGUGUCCCCCUGGGGAGUGUGUCAGGGACCACCGAAGUAAGAGAGAUCGCCCCAUAUCUCUCAUCUCCACCACAAGUGCGGACACAGGGUACGUGCCAGACACAGACUCAGAGCUGGGCACGCUGACGACCAAUUCCCCCAACGUUGAUUGGCUGGAUAAAAGAUGUGCUGCUCACUCGACAUCGUCUGCUCCUGCAGACGACAUUUUUGAUGAAGGACUCAAUAGCAUGGACUUCAGCCUUGAUGAGGACCUGACCACAGUCUGUGAGCCCAAGGCCAUGUCCACUGACCACCUGAAGAGCACAGAUGAUGAAGACUACAACAGUGACCUGACCACCAACACCGAAGAUGACCGCACGGAGGCCGACCAGGUGUACGGCCUUAGCAGAGACAACUCCAUUUGUCAAGAAGACUCUUCGGCAAGGCUUGUCCCCCCUGGCGAGACUGGCGACCAAAGCCAUUCAGUCCACGACUCGAACGAAAUGAAUGAUACAGACGACAACAGAAUGAACGUGGAUUCGGCAGACAACAAGGAGGUCGAUGAUAAGAAGGAUGACCAGCAGCCAAAGGUCAAGCACAAGAAGAUAACUAUUACCAAGAAACGCUCAGAGAACGUGGACCACAAACUACCCAACAUCAACGUGACAUCCAAACUGGCAGACUAUAUCAAGGCACCACUUCCGGCCAAACCCAAAGAAGAGAAGGAAGCAAAGAAAGCCCGGAAUAAGGCAGUAAACAAAAAGUCUAACGCCCAAGAAGGUGAACAUAAAGCUGCCAAAGAGGAUAUCAGCACCAGCAGACACUCCUCACCUGAAAGAGAACCAGUCAUCAUUGCGAAGCCGAAACCCAUUAUCAAACGUGCGCCCCCAAAGUCAAAGUGGGGCAACAUCAUGUCCCAAAUCGAAGCCAGUAAAGACACCGUCAAACCAAAGCCCAAAUCAGAAAUUAAAAGCUCUCUGGCUGCGUACUUAAGUGCCCCUGUUCCCCAGCUUCCUGCCGACCAGACCUCUGGAACCAAAACUGAACAACCGCAGAACACGAACGUAAAAAAGAAAGAGUUUGUGAAGAGGAUAAAAGAUUUGCCCCCUCCACCACCAAAACUGGAUCUGAGUAAGGUCAAAAGUAAGCUGAAUGUCCCCACGGCGGCCUCAGCGGUGAAGGCCAUGCCCAAGAGGGACAGAUCUCCAGGUGUAAAAGUGAGAAACACUUCCCCUGGUGGGCAUGUCAGCAGGAAAGAUCAGCUGAACAAGAGACUAUCUGAGGCUUACAUUGUCCUAGAGCGACAAGGCAUGUCAACCAACGCCAGCUCGGUGAGGAGCAGCCACACAGACAUCAGCACCAACAUGGAAGUGGACAUCUCCGCUGAAGGAGAGGUCUCCAAAGCCUGUUCCAACACUUCCGCAGACGUCACUAGGAAUGAGCACAGACAAAGUGUGUCCAGUGUCAAGUCAGUCAUGUCUGAGGCGCUCCAUAACAAAAUGAAUGAAAUGAAGACACUGCAAGAUGGCGGACCUCGACCGUCUGUCCGUAAAAAUACACCUGUCAAAUUCCCCUCUCGGGCAGUUCAAGUGAGCGACACGUCUGCCGUGUCCCCUCACAGGUCAUCGCCUUCGCCUGUCAUUCUCAAACCCAUUAAGCCGAAAUCUAAGACUAGCAAUAAGCCAAAUGAAGCCAAAUCUGGCUCGGCCAGUGCCGGCCUCGCCAUGACGUCAGUCAAUGCCUCCAAGGGACGCGACUCCAGCGCGAAUCAAAGUAAAAAGCCCAGAGUGAUAGGCCCAGCUAAAUCCUCCACCAUCAGCUCUGCCACCAGUAACAAUGCCAAUAAAUCUCAGAAGGAAAUCAUCCGGCUUGAGUCCCUGUGCGAGUCCAGAACCAAAGAACUGAUACAAACCAAGAUCCUGCUGAAGGACGCUGCCACUGGUUUUGACGCCAUGACCAUCCUAGUCAAUUACUGUUGCAAUGAGUUAAAUGCAUUUGAAUGUCCAUUCCUGGCACAGAGAUUGGAAAAGAUAAAAGGAAAGUUGGCAGAAUAUCUCAAUCAGAUAAAUGAACUUAAUAAUGAGAAGGAGAGACUAAACCAAUGUUUAGCCACAGCUUUACAGGAGAAGGAAGAAUCUAGCAGGCAAGUCCAGGAGACUUUAACUCUUGCCAACCAAGAGAGAGAAGAUCACAUGAGAAUAACUCACGAGAUGGAUGACACACACAAUGCUUCACUGACUGCGCAGAGAGAUGAACUCACCAAGAAACAUGAGGAGGCUCUUCAGAAAUAUAUUCAGUACUAUGAUAAACAGUUGGACCUAAUGAAACAUGCACAUGAACGGCAGGUGUCUGAGAUGAAAAAUGAAAACAAAUUAGAAAUCAAUGGUUUAAAAAUAGCUCACCUGGAAGAGAUUCAAGGGCUGAGGAAUAAACAUGACAGCCAGAUGGAAGACUUACACCAGCAACACAGGAACAAGCUUGAGGAUAUAACUCUUCGGUUCGAAAGUAUAAAAUUAACUUUGUCUGAUAAAGUUGAAUCUCUUAGGGGUGAGUGUGAGGAGCUGAGACACAGAGCCAGAAACAGUGAAGAAGCUUUGCAGAGAGAUGCUGAUGUAAAAGUGCAGAUGGCCCUUGCACCUUACAUGAGCCUGCCUAAAGAAAUUGAAAGUUUAAAAACUGUAGUAGAGAUGAGAAAUGAAGAAAUUCAGAAGCUACGAAACAAAAAUACUGACCAGGAAAAAAUACUCGAAGAGUUGCCAAUAGCAAAAGAGAAAAUCAUUUCACUGCAACAGAAGGUGGAAAAUCUAGAAGCUAUUAUCAAUAUCAAGUCAGAUCAUGAAAAGCAACUUCAUGAACACUGCCAAAUUUUGAUGCGCAAGUAUGACAGAGCUAGUCGAGCCAACAAACGACUAUCAAUGGACUACGAGCAGGUUAUGUGGCGCAUGUCUCAAAGCUCAGAGUUUGGGUCCUGUGAAAGCUUGACUCACCGCCAGUUGAGCAAGUCACCACCUCCCAGGAGUGAUCAUGGCUCCCCUGAGGGCAGGCACCGAAACAUCUCCCCGAACAUCGCUGGUGAUGUGGUAAUGAGGAAGAAGAGAAACAGUCACAGCGUCGGUGACGGGGAUAGGAAGCUGAGGUCAAGAUCAGCGACCUUUGUUGUGGAGAAAGAUGACAAUUCUGACAUCCACUCUCCUUCAUCUAGCCCUCAACCAAAGCUUAAGAGAUGGAGGAAAAAAAUAGUAGGUGACGACAAACUUCUAAGUGUUGAAGGGAGAGCAGAAAGAAUGUGUCGAUCUGCAGGGUCUGAAAUCUUUUCAGACUUUUCUCAAAAGCAGAACAAACCAGAGUCCGAUGACAGCAAUAUAUUGGCAGAUGGUACUGACAAUAUGAUGUCGUCAGUUGAGAUGGCCGAUUCAUACUCAAGGUCAAUAUCAGGAGUAAGUGACUCUGGUGUUUAUGAUAGUAUGUCAAGGUCAGACAUGCUAAAUAGUUCCGUCAUCAGCACUGACUCAGAGUGGGUUGUCUCUGCAAACAGCUCUUUGAUCUUAGACAACAGUGCAGAGGAUGACAAUGCCCUGCAGUCUGGAGAUUACAGCUCACUGAAUGAAAUGUAUUUAGCGCAGACUCCUGGAGCUAGGAGCUUCAUAAAAGCAAGCAAUACUGUGGUCUUUUGCCCUGCGAGCAAGGAGGCAACAGGCGAGGACUGUCUGGAGUCUGGACCUCUGGAUAAUGUUUUUGAUGACAUUCUCUCCAUGGAUAGUUCAAUAUGUUCCCUGGACAAUCUGGACAUUAACGGCAGUGAUAAACCAACUUCAUAAAUUUUUUUGUUCUAUAACAAGAGAGCUCUUUCAGAGAUUCACUGUUUGCUAUUUAAAUAGAAACAUUGUUCUAAUAAUAUUUUCAAUAAAAAGUCAAGUUUCUAGGACUGUAGUUUAGUUUACAACUAGGCAAACAUGUUUUUCAACAAACUUUUAUCCAGGAAUAGUUAAGUAUUAAAAAAAGGUCAAUAUAAUUUGAAUUUCUUUCAAUCAUAAUUUGCUUGCUUGUCUACUCACUAUUUUCAUUUGAUCUUACACACAUGGUAUCAUGUACAGCGAUGUUACAGUAAGAGUGGCCUUGAUAUAUUUUUUUUUUAUUAGCACUUGUGUCUUCUUUCAUUUUUUUUAAAAGCACAACUUGUUUAUUUUUUUAUUUCCCUGUGUGUCUAAUAUCCUUGCUACUAUAUGUCCUGGAACAUGUGUAUUAUAUAAAAGAUGAAUUUUUUUAAGUCAGAAGAAAUGGUCACAGAUUCUGUAAAGUUGAAAAAAAAAAAAGUAAAAUUUUAUAACACACAAAUUUGAUAAUCAAAAAGGGCAAUUUUUAUUUCCUUACAAAUAUACUAAACUACAUUACUGCUACAGCUUCCUUCUUACUUUGCAGUAUGCUUUUAGAAAUGAGUUGUCCAGAUUAGGCUAUAUAUUUUGAUUUUUUUUAAAAGGAAACCUGUAUCUGGGAAUUUAAGAUUGUUAAUAAAAGGGACGUAGUCAUACAUGGAUGUAAUCUGUCUCCUAAUUGAAGAGUAAUAUAUUUAAUGUUUACAAAGUGGUAGGGAAGACAAACAAUAAUUCUUGUACAAAUAAAUGUUUGAUAUUUUUACAAUUUUGGAAUGUAUCUAUGCCUUUGUUUUUUUUUUUUCUAAACAUCAAUAAGUGUUCAAUCUUUUUUUUUUCUUUGUUAAAUUUUACACAUAGUAAAAUUCUUAAAUGCUCCAUUUGCAUUAUAAUAGAAUUAUAUUCAUGACGCUAUUAGCAUGUAAAGCACCUUUUAAGUAAAGGAAUGUCCUUUUACAUCAACAGAUAGAGUGAAAUUGUUUAUUUCUGUAAUAGUUUUGAAAAAGUCAAACGCUAUGAGUUCUUCUUUUGAUAGCAAGUUUCUAAAUUUUGUUAAAUGUGUUUUCACUAAUGGUAAACAGUAAACUAUUGCAACUUUCCUUCAUGAUGCUGGCCUACAUAUAUUGGAAACUGAUGCAUUUAUCUUUAAAUAUCCAUAAUAGUCUCUAAAUGGAUUAAAAGGGUUAUGAAUGAAAGUAACUAUUUAAUUUAUUAUCAAAGCUAGAAUAAGUCUGGUGUGAACAUUAUCUAAAUGGAUUAUUGUUGCUAUUUCAGUGAAUUCCAUUUGUAUUUUAAAGUCUUUGGUGAAUUUACAUUUCAGUUAUUAGGCAAAGUAUUGUUAUUGCUUUUUUCAAAGAUGAGGUUAAAAGCUUUUUGAAAUGUCAUAAAAAAAAUUUAAGUUCACAAUCUGUGUAUGAACAUUUCUAGAUAGAUCAAUGCACUUUGUUUGACAGCAUGGGAAGCACUUGUGAUUGGAUGAUUAAUUAAAUAUGUAUAUGCUGCCUUCUGUGUUAUUUAUAUAUAUAUAUAUAUAUAUAUAUAAAUAUAGAUAUUAGAUGUAUUUAUAGCAUCAAUAGAAUUAUGGAAUUUGGAGAGAUGAUGGUCUAUGUGAUUUUUCUACCACUGUUGUCUAGAUUUUGUAAUUGUACUUAAUUUGGUUUGAUUCUUAUGAAUAUUGUAUUAUUUGUCCAAGAUAGUUUCUAUGUUUUGAAUUAUACUUGUAUAUUUUCACUAUUUCCCUGCUGAUGUAGUUUUUUUUAAUAGAGUUAAAAUUGGGUGGCCAGAUAUAGCAAUGUAAGGUUACUAAUUGAUCAAUCUAGUUAAUUAAAGGUUGGUUCUAUUAAGUCAAAUAGUUUGUCCAUCUUAGGAAGCUAAGAUAAUCUGGGAACAAUGCAAUUACAAGACAAAAGUUUCUAUUAUACAUUUAAAAACUUCAGACCCUUAUUAAAAAACAUUAUAUUUAAAAAUAAAAAUAAAGUAAAAUUUUUCACUUUUAUUUUUCAAGCAAAUGAUUUUCCUUGCAAUAGAUACAUAGUCCCUACCUUGCCGAUGUGCCAUAAAAUCUAAAAACUAAUCUAAAUCUGUAAUAGAUCAAGGGUUAAUCGUAUUCCAAAUUAAGUAACUUUUAAUGCUAGUGUUAGGUGAAUAGGAUCAACACUGAGGGACAAUGCCAAAAUUUACUGUUUCCCAAAGACUAGCGUUUUCGUAUAAAUUUCCAUAUAAAUUGAAAAACUUCUAACCACAUUAUUCCAAAAAGAAAGAGAGUGCUCCAUUUCUAAAUACAUUUCUCUUAGCAGUGCCGAAUAGUUUUUUCCUUUAAUAAAAUAAUUUAUAUUUAACAUUAUAAUUAUUUGACUUUACAAAAAAAAACUUAAAAUCAGAGUAUUAUUGUCAACUAUAAUGUUACAAAUCCUAUGUUUUAAACUUUGGAAACAAAACAUUGUAUACAAAUGCUUGAAAUGAUAUUAAGCAUAGAUUUUAUUUUAGAACCAAAAGAAGACCAUGUUUAAUGUGGAUUAUGAAAGUUUUGGCAAUGUGACUGUGGGUUAAUCUGGAAGUCUGAUGAAGUAAACUGAAUAAUUGAUACCAUAGAUGAUAUCCUUAGGAUAUAUCAUACGUUAUAGAUAUCUCAAGAUAAGGAAAAAAAUAGGAGUGUAUUUUUUUUUCUUGGAGCACUUCCUAGACAGUUGUUGUGUCUUAUUAUUCCUUAAUAUUGUUUUCUGUGAUAGCAAAAUUGGUUUUAAUGAUUGUACAUAAUUAUCAUGUUUCUAUUAGUUUUCUCUAUGUCUUCAUUUCUUUAUUUCUUAUAACUGGAGUUAUGAUUUCAUAAUAAAUAUCUGAGACUAUACGAAACAUUUGUCAAGAAUUAAAGGUCAUGGGAGCACAAUGUCAAGUUCAACUCUUGCUGUGGGUCAACCAGGGAAUUUCUCCCCCCCCCCCCACACACACACUCACACCCACCCACACAACAAUGCGAUGUGUGGAAUCAAAGACUAUAAUACUGAGCAGAAGUAAAAAUAACAUUUAUAAAUAACUCCUCCAUUGGAGAUUUUCUGACUUGAUCAAUAGUAAAUCUGCGCUUUGUUUGCUUGUUAUAUUCAGGAUCCGGUUGACAUUUUUCAAAGCAAUAAAAUAGAGCAAGAGAGAAAAAGAAGAGAAAUCAAUAUGUAGGAAUAUGGGGGCAAUAUAAUGGAAAGUAUACAAAUUAUAUAUACAAAAAUAAGGAAGUUAGACAGAGAUUUCGAAAUUCAAAAGACAAAAUUAAAACUACCAAGAAUAGUUAAAUAAAUUGCACUUGUUGCAAACUAAAUAAUGAUUACUUUGUGUUGCAAGUGGGAGUUAUUAUGCAGUGCUGAAAGGACCAAAAAAUAAAUGAUAAUUUUUUUGUUUAAAAUACAUAAGCUUAUCAAUACUUCCGUAGUGCACAUAAUAGAUAGACUGGAGAUUCUCUUUCUGAAAAUACCUCAUACUUGUGUAUUGUAUUAUGGCACUGAUGUAAGACCUUGAUGAAUGAUGCAGGAAUGUAGAAUACAGGAUAAGAUCUCAGAAAUUGUUUUUAUUUGUAAAAAAAAAACUUUUUAUCAUUGUUCAUAUUUGUUAAGAAAUAAAAUCAAGUUACAUGAAGCAUGACAUUUGUAGGAAUGUGUCACUACAUGAAAUCAUCUUGUUUCAGUUCAUUUCAGUGUAAUAUUUGAGUUUGCUUCAACUCUCUAUAUACAUUAGAACAUUGUGUCUUGAUUCAUUCAACUCACUCCAAUACUCUAGAUCACUAUUUUUCAACUCAUCUGUCAGUUACAGCCUCACCAUUGAAGUAUAUCACUCCAAGCAUAAUCUGUGUAUCUCUAUGUACCCAAUACCUGUGUAUGAUCAGUACUCAGCUUCAAGCAGCAGGAAAAAAUAAUUUUGCAAUAUUUAUUGUUAUUUGUUCUUUUUUUUUUCUCUCUCCGUGUAUCUUUGGUGUGUUCCUUGCCUACAAACAAACCGGUGAGGCCCCACAGCAUGAAGGUGUGCUGAUUGAAAUCAAGCAAAUGUGUACAAGUUUUUUUCUUCAAUGUGUUUUACACUUCUGUAAAAUUUUAAUGAUGCCACUUAGUCGCAAAGAUGUCAUUUAGGCUUAGAGAUGUCACUGAAUCUAGUUGUGACAUUCAGCUUCAACUCUGUAAGAUCACAAUUAGUGUUAUUAGUUGCCAAAACAUUCAUCAAUAUUCUUUUUUUUUUCUGUUUUCUCUUUUUUUCUUAUGUAUUCACAUAAUAUAAUUUAAAACAAAAUGAAACCCAAAAUAAUAAUGAUUUAAUUUAUAUAAGGCUGUUAAAAUAUCUCUACUUCGGCUCGCACUUGAGAACAGAACAGGGCGAGACACAAGAUGAAAUAUCAAAGAAAUAAUAGGAGGAAAGAAACAGUGUAAAGGUUAGACAACUCACCACAAUGCAAUGUAACUUUGAAUGACACCAAUAGUUAUAGAAGGCCUGAUUUUGACCUGUGAGCAGUUUAGACCAAUAGCUCGCUGCCUUGUCACAGGUGUAAGGAUUGGUCUUGCGUUCUAACAAAUACCAAAUUUCGUCAAGAAGUCCAAAGUCUCGUCCAUCAUGAAAGUUCCCUAACUUGGGGGUCCCACUGUUGUCCAAUAGAGAGCUGGCCAAGAAGUUUUCGUCUGAAUCAGAACUUGCUACGACUUAAGGCACCAAUUCAGUCUUAACUUUUCUAAUCAUAUUGUUUGUACUUAUUUACUUUCUCUGUAACUGAAUGCAAUUGUCUAUUUGCCAAACUAUUUUUAAUUCUCAGACAUGAAAGUUUCAUUUAUAAUUUAGACAAUAUUUGUUUGUGUAGAUAUUUUUAAACAUUCAGGAAAGAUUUAAUUUUUUAUUUCAUCAGAUGUAUGAAUCAAUGGAAUGUCUCAUUUUUUAAAUAUUUUCUUCUCUGAGUGUACAAUUUUGUUCCAGAAGGCUGGCAUUAAAUUGAAUUUUGAUUUUGAUAUAAA